GUUUCUCCCUCCACCCGGAACAUUGACCUGUCCGUCAAUGGCGGAAUUUUGCUAAUUCCUUUCCAUCCCCCUAAUCCACCAUGGCUUCCAAUUCAAACGGAGAGACAACGCCUCUCCUCCCCCAGCAUCACCAACGCCCGGCUUCCUCCAAUACGUCACCGUCACCGAAAGGAAACCGCCCGCCGCGGACAGUGACAUUCAAUCCCCUAGCCACGGUCAGCACAUACCACGAUGCUGCCUCUGCCGAUCCUACAUUCAGACCGUUGCAUUCGAACGCCUCUUCCUUCCCCAGUUCUUCCGAUGGCCAGCGCCCGACCGGGUUAUCCGCGCUGAACAGCAAGCUCCGUCGUCGCAACAGCCAUGGCUCCCCUUACAGCGCCGCAUCUGCACCGAUGACUGCAGCUUCGAAAGUCGGUCCGCAGCGAACAACGAAGAAGGCACAGAAGCUCAAGCUGCUCCCUGAUCCGGUGACGGCCGCUGAGGAAGCUGUCGAGGGUGAUGAUUUCCCGUCCGACGUCUACUCCCAGAUUGCACGAAUUAAAGAACCUGCUGCGAGAAGUCACGCUGCAAGGCUAGGAAAGGCAGACAGAGAUCGACUCCCUCGUGUAACGGCGUACUGUACUGCCAAUUCCUAUCGAUUGGACGGGGUGAUCAGGUUUCUCAAAUCGCGGGCCAACACCCGUGGGGCUAAUCCGAAGUUGUACGACGAAUGUGUCUAUUCUCCGUAUGAUUAUGAAUAUGAGGAGAAGAAGUCGGGUUACCGGAAUACCUCGAAUGAUAACAUAGGCACAGGUAAUCUCCAACCCCCGGAGAGACCAUCCGGAGAGCGCAGGUACUCAGACAGCGCGGUGGAGAUUGACGAUAGUGCCAAAGCUCGAAGAGAAGACCUGAUUGACCUUCAAGAUGCGGAAUUUCCGUCUGAGCUGGCUCAUACAUCCGACAAUGUUAUAUCCGCAUCUCAUUCCACAGAGACGCCCGACUUUGAUACAACGAUACAUACCCCUGAAGUAUUUCUGUUUGAUUACGGCACGGUCGUCAUAUGGGGCAUGUCCCCUACCCAGGAGUCACGAUUUCUCUCCGACAUAUCGAAAUUUGCGACUUCCAUCUUGAGCCCGGAAGACACGCAAAUCGAGAACUUCAAUUUCUACUACGCUCGCGAGUACCAAGCCCGGAUAUACAACGACUUCAUCUCUCUACGAGACCCCAAGAGCAACAUGAUCAAGCUGGCUAUAUCACAUGCUCUGGCACAAUCCGUCAAGACCUCUCUUUUCGAAGAUCUUGUCUCCGAAACGAUUUCGAAUACCGCACCUCUACCGGCCCAGAUCGCACAGACGGGCAGUGUCAAUCUUACACGGCGACAAAUCAACAUGCAAAUCGGCGAACUGUUCAUCUUGCGCAUUAAUAUCCAUCUGCAGGGCUCUGUCCUCGAUAGUCCGGAACUAAUGUGGGCAGAACCGCAGCUAGAACCUGUCUACCAGGCCGUCCGAAGCUAUUUGGAGAUGGAUCAACGCGUGAGUCUCUUGACCGAACGGCUGGACGUGAUUGCGGAUCUUUUGGCCGUCUUGAAAGAACAAUUGACUCACCGUCAUGGUGAGUAUCUCGAAUGGAUCGUUAUCGUGCUCAUCGCCGCCGAGAUCCUCGUUGCUGCUAUCAACAUCGUGGUUGAUUUAUACGCUGGAGUGGAUUAAAUGUCCCGAAGAGAUCAUUGCACAGGAUGCACAGUUGCCACCAGACCCGAAAGCAGAGUGUUCCUUUCGAUUUCCUUUUUUCUCUUUAAUUUCUCUCUAAACUCACAUCCAUCAUGGAGUCUCGGUCCUCUUACUUGAUCCAGUUUGCUUUCGGUGCCGGAAUUUAGGCGCAAUGACGAGCCAACCACCCAGUCAGUCGUGCAUUGCCACGAACUACUACAUUGCCUUCCUGUACUAUAAUUAAGUCGUGUAUGUUCAUAUGGGCUGGUCAUCCAUCCACCAAUCCAGUCACCAUCCGAAUCUGCUCCAUCAGGCCAGACCGUUCAACGCGCAUGGAAUUGCGAUAACUAAAUGUUAAUUUUUACUGUUGUCAUAAUCUCUUCCUGCC